GUCCGGGAUAACCGGGCACACAUCCCGGUCUUGUAGGCCAGAUGCCGGUGCCCAGUCAGUCCCCGCGGCUCCGAUCAGCUGUCAGCUGCCGAGCUCCUCCCCAUCUCCUUCCAGCGUCCAAUCACAGACGUCAAUGCUGGCAGGUGCGGGUGUUAUUGUUUUGGGCUAAAGUUAAAGGCCUCAUAGACUGGAGAGGAUCUGGGGUACUUGUCGGCGGACGGGCGCUGUCACCCGAGUCCGGCUCAACCGGCAGCAGCGGAGGGACCGUCGGCACUGUGUGACUCGGUGAGAUCAGGACAUAGAGGGGGAGAAGAACGGCCACCUCCAGGAGGAGAGAGAUGAACGGGGUCAGCAAGAGCCGGUUUGAGAUGUUCUCAAACAAUGAUGAAGCUCUGAUUAACAAGAAGCUUCCCAAGGAGCUGCUACUUAGGAUAUUCUCCUUCUUAGAUGUUGUUACUCUAUGUCGAUGUGCCCAAGUCGCCAGGGCUUGGAAUGUCCUUGCUCUUGAUGGCAGUAAUUGGCAGAGAAUCGACUUAUUCGACUUUCAAAGGGAUAUUGAGGGCCGCGUAGUAGAAAAUAUAUCCAAAAGAUGUGGUGGAUUUUUGCGCAAACUAAGUUUACGUGGAUGUCUGGGUGUAGGAGAUAAUGCUCUCCGAACCUUUGCCCAAAACUGUAGGAAUAUUGAAGUUUUAAAUCUGAAUGGCUGCACCAAAAUCACUGACACAACCUCGUCUAGCCUCAGUAAAUUUUGUUGUAAACUCAGACAUUUGGACUUGGCAUCAUGCACCUCCAUUACUAACUUAUCCCUAAAGGCUAUCAGUGAGGGCUGCCCCCUCCUGGAGCAACUGAACAUCUCAUGGUGUGAUCAGAUCAGCAAGGAUGGGAUCCAGGCUCUGGUAAAGGGCUGUGGGGGGCUGCGGUGCCUGUCCCUCAAGGGCUGCACUCAGUUGGAAGAUGAGGCUCUUAAGUAUAUUGGAUCACACUGUCCAGAGCUUGUCACAUUAAAUCUACAGGCGUGUUCCCAGCAGAUUACGGAUGAUGGCCUCAUUACUAUUUGCCGCGGGUGUCACAAGCUGCAAUCUCUGUGUGCCUCCGGCUGUUCUAACAUCACAGACUCUAUUCUAAAUGCACUGGGACAGAACUGCCCCCGACUCAGAAUUCUUGAAGUAGCUCGAUGUUCACAACUCACAGAUCUAGGAUUCACCACCCUGGCUAAAAAUUGCCAUGAACUGGAGAAGAUGGAUCUGGAGGAAUGUGUACAGAUUACAGAUAGCACUCUUAUCCAGCUCUCCAUACACUGUCCAAGGCUGCAAGUGUUGAGCCUUUCCCACUGCGAAUUAAUCACAGAUGAUGGGAUCCGCCACCUGGGCAACGGUGCUUGUGCCCACGAUCGACUGGAAGUUAUCGAAUUAGAUAAUUGUCCUCUCAUCACUGAUGCAUCAUUGGAGCACUUAAAAAGUUGCCAGAGUCUUGAACGUAUUGAAUUGUAUGACUGCCAACAGAUCACACGGGCUGGUAUUAAAAGACUCCGGACACAUCUCCCUAACAUUAAAGUCCAUGCCUAUUUUGCUCCAGUCACACCCCCUCCCUCCGUGGGGGGUAGCAGGCAGCGAUUCUGCAGAUGCUGUGCCAUCCUAUGAAAAGAGACAUACGUCUGGACUCCCUCACUAUUCUUGUGUGGAGUUCCAGGUGGACUCAUUUGGAAGAGAAACCGCCAGCUUACUGUGGUCGUGGUGGGGGGAGAGGAGACUUUCCUCCCUAAUGUAAGAGCGCUCACGCCCUUUGCACAUUGGGCGGGGUCUAGCAACCCACAGAUUUUUUUUCAGUUUUUCCUUGCUGCAUUACCCAGGCUGGUUGAAAAAAAAUAUGGAUUUUUGAACGGGAGCAGAACCAACAACACUCCAGGAUUUUAUCCCAAAACAUUGGAAGGGAGGAGUUUC